CUCUCUUCAUGGGGGACAGAGAACCGAUUUAUGAGUGGCGUGCUCCCAGCCACACCUGGGGGACCUGUAGAGGGAUCCAGUGACAACAUCACAGUCUUAACAGAAUCCCAACUUGGUCUCCUGCUAAAGGUUGUGAAAGCCAUGCAGAUGUUCGUUUCAUAUGACAAGGCGGCACUUCGUUCCACAAUGGCCUCUCUUGCUGCAGCAAAUGCAGAGUUUUGCUUCAAUCUGUUCAGAGAGAUGGAUAACAAUCAAGGAAGUGAAAAUGUGUUCUUUUCUUCCCUGAGCAUCUUCACUGCCCUGGCCCUGGUCCGUUUGGGCGCACGGGGUGAUUGUGUUUCCCAGAUUGAUAAGAUGCUUCACUUCAACACAGCGUCAGGAUGGGGAAGCUCUUCUAACACUCAGCCAGGACUUCAAUCUCAACUGAAAAGAGUCCUCUCUGAUAUAAACACAUCCCAUAGGUAUUACGAGCUCAGCAUUGUCAAUGGUCUUUUCGCAGAAAAAGUGUUUGACUUUCAUAAGGACUAUAUUGAGUGUGCUGAAAAAUUAUACAAUGCCAAAGUGGAACGAGUUGACUUUACAAAUGAUGUAGAAGAUACCAGAUAUAAAAUUAAUAAAUGGGUUGAAAAUGAGACACAUGGUAAAAUCAGGAAUGUCUUUCAAGAAGAUGGCAUAAGCUCCUCUGCUGUAAUGGUGCUGGUGAAUGCCGUGUACUUCAAAGGCAAGUGGGAGUUGGCCUUCAGCAAGAAUGAAACCUUAAAUUGUCAUUUCAAAUCUCCCAAGUGUCCUGGGAAAGCAGUCUCCAUGAUGCAUCAAGAACGGAAGUUCAAUUUGUCUGUCAUUAGAGACCCACCCAUGCAGGUUCUUGAGCUCAAGUAUCAUGGUGGCAUAAGCAUGUACAUAAUGCUGCCUGAGAAUGACCUAUCCCAAAUUGAAAACAGGCUGACCUUUCAGAAUCUAAUGGAGUGGACCAAUCCAAGAAAAAUGAGCUCUCAGUAUGUUGAGGUGUUUCUUCCUCAAUUCAAGAUAGAGAAGAAUUAUGAAAUCAAACACCAUUUAAGAGCCCUGGGGCUGAAAGACAUCUUUGAUGAAUCCAGAGCUGAUCUGUCUGGUAUAGCUGCAGGAGGCCGUCUGUAUGUGUCCAAAAUGGUGCACAAGUCCUACAUAGAGGUCACUGAGGAGGGUACAGAGGCCACUGCUGCUACAGGAAGUAACAUCGUAGAAAAGCAGCUCCCCGAGUCCAGGGUAUUCAGAGCUGAUCACCCAUUCCUCUUCAUCAUCAGGAAGAAUGACAUCAUCUUGUUUAGUGGCAAAGUCUCUUGCCCUUGAAAAUCCAGUUGGUUUCUAUUAUAGCAGUCCUUCCCAUGUCAAGGAACCACCACAGGAGAAUAGAUUUGAAUGUAAUGGAAGCACGUGGUAUUUCCUUUGUGUUUACUUUCUUCUCAUAUUGAUCAGCGGAUGACUUUGGAAACUUGACCCUUUAUGGACACCUGGUUGGUUGUCCUGACCCUGCUUGAACCUUUCUACUACCAUGUGCCUCACUCAUCUCUAAGUUCUUUCUCUUUUUGCCCCAACUCAUUCCUACCAUCUUGCCACCCUCCCCUCCCCCGCCCCUAUAGCCCCUUGGACCCAGAGCUGAGCAUCAUGUCUGGGAACAGUUGGUGAUGACAAAGCAGCCCUAAAGAUUUGUCAGAAACUCUAUAGUUAUCCUGGUUACUCAGUUUCAUCAUAGAUGAGCUUCGAAGGAAGUCCAGCUGCUGGAUGUAGGUGUGAGGGAUAUUCUUUCCCUGCUGACCUAGAAAGACAUUAGAAAGCUUCCUUUCACACACCCGAUUUGAGAUCAGUGUUGAAUUUAGAUGCCAAAAAAUAUAGAUUUGGGUUUGGGGGACAACUAAAAUAUUUCAUUAAUAAUUUCAAGUUCAUGUCUUUCCAUCUUUCCUUGAUAUAGACUUUUUUUUUCCCUUGGUAGAGACUUAACAUGUACAUAGUUUUUCAAAUAUUAUGUAUCUUUGAACUACUGCCAUUUGUUAUUUAUGGUAUAUAUUUCAUGAGCUGUGUAGUUUGUUCUCUGUUUAUCAGAAUAAAUAAAUACAACACGGCUGUA